AUGGCCGGAUUUGCUGCUAUUUACCUACUCGCCGUUGCGGCCACUGGCAUUAUCGCCAGCCCAGCGCCUCCAACUGUUACCCAGGCCCCUAACCUUGAAGAGCGAGCGACAACUUGCACCUUCUCUGGAUCCUCCGGGGCAGCUAGCGCAAGCAAGUCGCAGGCCUCCUGUGCCACUAUUGUGCUCUCUAAUGUCGCUGUUCCGUCUGGGACAACUCUUGAUCUAAGCAACUUGAACGAUGGUACACAUGUCAUUUUUCAGGGCACUACAACUUGGGGCUACUCCGAAUGGUCUGGUCCUCUAUUGCAGAUUCAGGGAAACAGCAUCACUGUGGAAGGGGCCUCUGGCGCAGUUCUUAAUCCCGAUGGAGCUCGCUGGUGGGAUGGAAAGGGUGGCAGCGGUGGCAAGACAAAGCCGAAGUUCUUCGCCGCACACAAACUCACCAACUCUGCCAUCAACAACAUUCACAUUACCAAUACUCCUGUCCAGGCACUCAGCAUUAACGGUGUGAAUGGCCUGACUAUCGCCAACAUGAUAAUAGACAAUGCGGCUGGUGACAGUGGCGGCGGUAAGAACACGGACGCGUUUGAUAUCGGGGAUAGUACUGGGGUUACCAUCACUGGCGCUCAGGUUCACAACCAAGAUGAUUGCGUGGCAGUCAACUCUGGAAGCAAUAUCAUCUUUUCAGGCGGCCUCUGUUCCGGUGGACACGGCCUGUCAAUUGGCAGCGUUGGUGGUCGUACUAACAAUGUGGUUUCCAAUGUUACCUUCAAAGAUAGCACCGUUCAAAAUUCCGUCCAAGCUAUCCGUGUUAAGACUGUCGCCGGCACAACAGGUUCUGUGACUGGUGUCACAUACUCGGGGCUCACGUUGAAAAACAUCACGAAGUAUGGUGUUCUUAUCGAGCAGAAUUACAACGGAGGAGAUCUCAAAGGCGAUCCGACAACCGGCGUGCCCAUUACUGGUCUGACAGUCGAGAACAUCACUGGAGGGGGAGGUGUUGCUUCUGGAGGAUACAAUGUCGUCGUGGUCUGUGGUAGUGGCUCUUGCUCCGGCUGGACUUGGUCUAAUGUUGUGAUUACUGGAGGCACCAAGGUCUACAGCUGUCAGAAUAGCCCCGUCCAGUGCUCUUAG